AUGCAUAAGCUCACCCUCGUCCACUUCUCGGCCUGGCGCGCCUCUCAAGACCGUGUCGUCGCCUACAGCCUGUGGGCCGCGGCCGUGUGGAUCCUCACUCGCCAGGGCUGGAUGCCCAUGGUCUCGAGCGCGGGCAGCCUCGUCGGUAUCCUGUCGAUGCUGGUCGGCAUGCUCGUCUCAUUCCGAGUCAGCUCGAGCUACGACCGCUGGUACGAGGGCCGUCGCACCUGGGCCGCCGUGACGGGCACCACCCGCACCCUCCUCCGCCUUCUCGUCUUCGCCCUCCCGCCGCCGUCCAAAUCGCCCCACGACGCGCCCCGCACCGAGGCCGUCAAGGAGCUGUGCUCCCUCAUUUGCGCCUUCCCGUACGCCUGCAUGUACCGCCUGCGCGACAUGCCCGGCCUCACGCACCCCGAGCUGCGCCAGCUCCUUCCGUCGACCCUCCUCGAGGCGUACGCCUCGACGCCCAUGUCGGCCCGCCGCCCGUCCAUCUCGAGCGAGAGCUCGGCCUCGUUCGUCGAGCACUCGGUCGCCGGCGAGUCGGAGCGCGCCCUCGCCGGGCUCAACACGGCGCCGUCGCCGCUCCGGAUCCGCCCUCACGCCCUGCCGACCGGCGAGCCGAGCAACCUGCCCCUGUCGCUCAUCCGCGCGAUGCACGCCUACCUGACGGCGUGGCACGAGAAGAAGCUGCCGAGUCGAGACGCGCCAGACGAGAACAGCGCCGUGCUCGACGGUGCGACCUGGGCGGCGUGCACCAACGCCAUGAAGGACUACACCGACCAGCUUACGGCCCUCGAGCGCAUCCGCGACACGCCAAUCCCCCUCAUCCUCAACAUCCACCUCCAGCUCCUCCUCUUCGUCUACGUCGGCGCCGUCCCUUUGCAGCUCGUGCGCGCCAUCGGCGUGUGGUGCGUCCCGGCAACGGCCAUCGCCGCCGCCGUCUUCUUCGGGCUCAACGCGGCGGCCGAGGAGCUGAGCGACCCUUUCGGCGCCGAGCCGAACGACCUGCCCGUCGCCCGAUACUGCGCCGACCUGCACCGCGAGUACCUCGAGAUGAUUGGCGAGGGCGGCGGCUCGAGCGGCACGACGUGGGAGCCCAAGCAGGAGGCGGUCGUGAGCGGCUCGACCGGCGUCGGCAGGAAGGAGCUGUGAUCGGCCUCCCUCGUAGCUUCUCCUGUCGCAAGCACCGUGCCCGAG